UAUAAUUAUAAUGUAUAUCAGAACAGUUAUCUGUGCCUUUGCGCUUUUUGUUCAAACAAUCACCGCCCAGUACUACGACUACUCCCCUGAAUCCCCCAUCGUAGCCUUCACCAAAACCCUCGUUAACCCCGAAGGGUGCCCCAUAUCCAUAACCUGCACUUGCCCCAUCGCACCAUCCGGAGUUUCCCUGCUCUCCGACCUUGGCAUGCAGGGUCAGCUGGCCGUCUCCGGUUCCAUGCCGUUCCUAAGUGCGGUCCAGAUGCAGGGCACGCUGGCGUCGACCGGACAAGCUACAGUAGACUAUGGGUGCGGAGACGGCGUCGCGAUAACGCAGGAGACGGGGAACCCGUGCGGGCCCAACGCGAAGUUUGCGGACGGGUUGACCACGGCUGAUCUUGCUCUAGUCAGAUGCUAG